AAGCAGCGCGACGUUGUAGCGGGCGACAAGCAUGGGCGUGCAGUUGCAUCCGAUGUUCCUUCUUUAUUGCUACGGCUAUCCGAUCCAAACUCACCGCACACGGCUAGACCGUCUGCUUCGGCCUCCGAAAUUGCCUCACGUAAGUGCGAUGUAUGGUCUUGCGCAACGCGACUAACCAUUUCCUUCUGCCUGUCGGUGCAUCUCCAGACGACGCAUAUGCGGUCGGCACGGAAGAAAAACUUGCGUCCGCUGCGCGCGAUAGUGUGCUCGGCAUCGCGACCUCCCAACUAUCAACCGACACCACCCUACUUGCGCAGCAACGUGGCUCUGAGUCAGAGAGCACGCGAAGCACAACCGCAGAUUCUGGUAUGGAGCACACGGGUGAGUGUCAAAGCCGGUGUCAUAUAUUUUGCCUCCGGUUACUUCCACAACCAAUGCGUUCUCGAGCAGGCAUCGCCUCUGCGGCCUCGACUGAUCUACGCGCGAUCCUGCUGAGCAAGCUCGCGCGUGAGAAGCGUAUCACCAGCAUCCCGACCGCAUCGCAUGACAACCCUUCCCAGCCUUGCAAUGGCCGGUCGCCCUCGGUCGAGAAGGCAUCCGACGUGCUAGAGCCAGGUGACGGAGACGUUGCAAGGCACGUUCGGAGCGACGCGGCUGGCCCACAGGGAUCAAGCACUGAGAUCGAUGACGCAGAGGCGCGACUUCGUAGGCGUGCUCAGCUGCGAGUGCGAUUUGCAGCCCAGAAGAAGAUGGCCUCUAUAUCCGGGGAUCUACCCGACGAGAAAGGCAUUCAUCACACUGAUCAUAGCUCGGAAGCACAUGGUGGCAUUGGCGAGCGAUUAGCAAUGGCUAAAGAGGAUCUACUUCGGCGCAGACUACAGGAAAGAAGGGAAGGCAGCCAUCCGUAAGUCUGCCGUCUUUAGGCACAGCACAAUGUAUUGAGAUACUACAACUACUUUGAUUUGGACUAGUGUAUGAACGAAAGGCGAAUAACACACGGGUACUAAUGUUGGUGCACGGGCGACUAUGAUUCGGUCGCUUUUGGAAAUGAGGGUAUUUCUAAGGCGAUCCAUUAGGUAUCUUUA